UGAAUAGUGCAGACUUGCAGCGCUUAGAAUUGAAGACUUUCAGUCAAUAUAUUGAUACUCUCAAUGAAACACUUCAAUAUGGUGAUCUGCAAGAAAUGACGAAGCAUCUAAAAUACUUUGUGUUCAGGACGCCCGAUGAUGUUGUGAUCAUAAAUGCAACAACGCCAGAAGAAAUAUUAAAAAUCGAUUUUUUUGAUUAUUCAAAAAAAACAAUAAUUUGUGUUGGAGGUAUUCUAUCAUGGAAUACAAGCACUAUCGUAGAUUAUUAUAAAAUGAUGGCUACAAUCUAUUUAAAUUCAAAAAAUUAUAAUUAUAUUAUUUUAUUUCAUGAUUAUUAUUGCUCGGUUCAGCCGCUAGCACCAACUUGCCCCCAUUUAAUUGGUAAAGUGUUUGGACCUGGAAUCGAUAAACUUGUUUCGCUGGGUUUACCGGCGGAAAAUUUAGAAUUUGCGGGCCAAUCAGCCGGAGCCCAUAUAGUUGCGUCCGUAAUUGAAAAUAUGGUAACACCUGUAAAACUAUUAAUUGGAUUCGAUCCAGGAACUGGACUUACAGAUUUUCGACGUGGUCUUGCUCAAUUCACUAUAGCUCUACGAAGUGAUUCCACUAACAGUGGAAAUAUUAAUUGGAAUGCCGAUUUAGAGUUGAUAGUAAAUGGUGGAAUACGCUAUCAACCGGGAUGUGAAGAACUUGAGUCUUAAAUGAGUUGCAGUCAUUUAUUCGUUGGGCCUGUUUGGAAGAGUAUAUUUAAAAAUCAAGGUCAAGGAUUAUUUUAUGGCGUUCGAUGUAAUGAAAUUGAAUGCGAUUAUAGUGAUAUUAAGGAGAUUACUCCAGAUUUAAG